UCAGACUACACCCAUCCUCAAAUUCUGCCCCCAUUUUGAUGUCAACUACACACCUGGAAGGUUGUGUCACAGCAUCUUGUUUGGUUGUGACACUCGGUGGCAUAAACACCUGGCAAAGCUCCUGCUACAAUAGGGGCCUCCAGAACCAUCCCCCCCCCCCCCCCCCCCAAGAUUGCACGCAUUAGCCGAUUACAUAUCUUUGAAUCUUUGUAUACAUCUCAAAUGAUUUCAGUAAGUCAAGUAAUAAUAAAUGGAACGUAAUGGCAAUUUCUUCUCAUUUUCUGACUAAUACGUCCCGACCAGAAACUGUAAAUCUGUUUUAUUAAACAAGUUAAAACUAUGUGGGGCACUUUUUUUAUAGUCAUUGAUAAAAGUUAUUAGGAAGUGUAAUCCAUAACGUAAAUGCAGCUAAACGAGUCCAGUGUUCAAACUGCUCGUCAACAUGUGGUGAAGCGCGAUCUACCCGGUCUCACGUCUACCCCUACUGGUCACACAGAGUACCUGAUAAAGGCCUUGUUGACAUCUCCGUUUAUUGUAGUCUGUUGCUAUAGUUAAAGGGACUAUUCAACAGUCAUUAAAAGAAAUAUCAUUUUUUUAUUUACGCUUUCAUUUGUCCAUGGCAUAUUCUGACAUUCUGCCCUUCAUCUCAACACAGCCGAGGUGGUUGGAUUGUAUUUGUGGUGCUAACAGUGAGCUAACCCUCUAAAUCUCUGAUAAUACCUGCAUUUUAAAAUGUAAGGUAUCCUGUAGGACACUAAUGCACUAAGAUGCUGUUGCAAGUCUCAAUUAUCUUGUUUCUGUUGCACUUUAUAAGGUUUUAGCAUAUGUUUUGCAUGUAACUUCACAGGCAAGUAAAGGAAGAUAACGGUAAACUAAUAGGUCUGUUCAGUUUUGAGAACAGUUAUUGUGUGCAAUACCUGACUAAACCCAGUAAAUAACUACUGUACACUUUAUAUUGCACAACAAAGGAAUGGACCUUUAAGACAGUAGCUAUUAAAAGGAAUGUGUAAACUUAUUGCACCAUGUUUUUAUCUCGGGAUACCAUAACAACCAGAAACAUGUCAGGACUGUAAUAUUAAUUCCAUGUCAAUCCUAGUUAUGCUGCUGUUUGGAUUGUUGUCAUUCAAUCCACACCCUCUUUUUUAAAAACUUUCUAUUAAUAUAACUUCUACCAAUUAUUUUAUUAAUUGGCAUUUAUGUCAUGUUGUGGUUUUCAGCAUUGAUUGAUUAGAAUGGGAGUUUUCUUUUUCUUAAGACAGGAAAAGGUGAUCCAUCAUUAACACGUACAAUGUAAUACAGGGGUAUGACAGAGGAAAGUGAAAUGUUCAAUGCCAUUUUAUUUGCUUUGUGUUUAUUCACUUAGAAAACAAAGAUUAACAUGUAAAUGCAUAUAAAUAGAUAUUCAAAGGCAGGUAUAGGUUAAAUGUAAAUCUAACUAGACAUUGUUUAAAUUACAACUUACGCAUGUAUAUGUGGACAUUUUAGGUGCAGUAAAGAAAAUGAUAGGGGCAUUUAUUUGAACUGAGGGAAUCUCAGCUGACAGCUGAGAGGCCUGCACCACCGGUGUUAGCAUGUGAUCAGGAAAGUAACUAAAGGGCUGUUUUGUAAAUAGUUCACAGCUUGAACAUUCCUCUGUUCACACACUGACAUAAACAAGGCGAGGGACGCUCACUCCUGCCGCUGGCACUCUCCACUACAGUCGGGUGGCAGUAAUGUUCCUGCAGGCCAGUCACAUGUAGAAGCCCUCUCGCUGUCGGCAGAGGCUCCUCCCCCCGGUAACUGGCGAAGGUACACAUCCAUGCAUGAGCACUGCAGCCUGUCCCCGAUCGCCAUGCAGCUCCUCAGCCCUUCCUCUUCAAUUUCAGCUUUUCUUUUUAAAUCCACCUUACUUGUAGUUUAGGUGCUUUGUUCCUCUCCCAAAACACACCCACAUGCACACACCUACAUCACAGAAAGAAAAAAGAAGAAGGGAACAAAAAAAUGCUAUCCCAUGUCUGUAGCCUGGAGUAUGAGCUCAGACUGACUUAGUGACACUGCAUAGAGGGCGCCUCCCCCAUGCAAAGAUACAACUGAGGGCCAGGAAUCCCCCACCCCCAUGUCUGCUUAUCUGCAUCUAAGGUAAAUAUUUGCCUAGUUGUACACUACGCUAUUGGCUCCAUUAUCACUUCAUAGGCAAAACGCAAAGCAAAAGUGGCAUCCUCUUUAAUAACAGUGUGUAAAGAUGGAGAUUGGAGGCCUUAAUCCAUGGCCCCCGAUAAGCAUGCAAAACAAUAUUGUUUAUUUCACUGUUGAUUCUGCACGAGCACAGAAUGUACAAGAUGGGCCGGUUCAAGGUUUCACUUUCUGUAUUGUUUGAAAAAAGAUAGCAGUAAUUGUCUGUGGUUGUUAUUGUUAUACAAUUUGAUAUAUGUAGUAUAAUCCGAGAAGAUCAUACGUCAGAUUGUUUUAUUUUUGGCGGCUAUCUCAUGCAGGCACCCAUGGCGAGGUGUGGACCCCAUACGGUCAUAGCUCCAUAAAUCCAUAUUUCUGUGUCUCUCGUAAAUAAAUAAAAGGUAAACUGUGAUCAUCAGUGACACUGUUUGGGUCGACAAGUACAGUGACAACGACUUGCUUCUCCACACAGUAGUCUUUUUUUCAAUCCCCCAGCCUGCAGGAACCCAAGGCACUGCCCUUAUUAUGAUUUGAUGAAAUAACCCCUCUGCCUCCUUUAAGCCCAUCCCUUCGCUGAAUGUACCCAGUGAUCAUCAUGCCACUUCCAUACCCCAAUCUAGGCUGCUUUCUAUGCCGGAGAACUCGGAGUGAUCUCCCACAUGCACCUCCAAACAUUUUUUCUUGUGAUUUUUAAGGGAGAUUUUAUUUAGAGGCGGUGCUUGUUGGCUCCAGAGUAGCGUCGUAACGACACUUUUCCCCCCAGUCCCUGUUAAAAGAGUUAGACCGGGGCCAGAGUUGGUGCUGGGGGGUCGCCUAUAGUUUAGUAAUUUCCUGGGGGGUAAUUGCUGCGUGUUUAGUUUUUUUAUCCCAUCAGAUUUUCUUUUUUAUUAUAAUUUUUUUAUUUUUCUACUUCUCUCAAAUAUCGCCACCUUCUCACUCUCAAGACCCUUCGAGAUUUGUUCCUUUCAGAUCAUGACCAAACUAUAUGUUGGGAAUUUAAGUCCUUCGGUUACUGUCGAGGACUUGAAGGAGCUCUUUGGGGAGAGGAAGCUGCCAGUGGCCGAACAGGUCCUGCUGAAAUCCGGCUAUGCUUUUGUGGACUUUCCCGACCAGAACUCGGCCAUAAAGGCAAUAGAGACUCUUUCUGGUAAAGUUGAACUACACGGAAAGGUGAUAGAGGUAGACUACUCUGUUCCCAAAAAACUAAGAAGUCGGAAGAUCCAGAUCCGGAACAUUCCCCCUCAUCUACAGUGGGAGGUUUUGGACGGCCUUCUAGCUCAGUAUGGAACUGUAGAAAAUGUGGAACAAGUGAACACGGACACAGAAACAGCGGUGGUGAAUGUUACGUACUCAACCAAGGAGGAAGCGAAAGAAGCUAUUGAGAAGUUAACGGGACACCAGUUCGACGACUACUCUUUCCAGGUGUCAUAUAUUGUGGACAUGGAUGCUGCUCCGCCCGACCAGGCUCCCCGCACCAGGCGUGGCGGGCGGUCGUCCCGGGAACAGGGCAACUCUCAGCCCGGGCCCUCAGGAGACUUUGGCGGUCCACGCACCAGACAACACGACUUUCCUCUGCGCAUGCUCGUGCCGACUCAGUUUGUGGGAGCCAUCAUCGGCAAGGAGGGCCUCACCAUCAAGAAUGUCACCAAACAGACACAGUCCAAAGUGGACAUUCAUCGGAAGGAAAAUGCAGGUGCGGCAGAGAAGCCCAUCACCAUCCACUCAACUCCCGAUGGCUGCUCCUCCGCCUGUCGCAUGAUCCUGGACAUCAUGCAGAAGGAAGCCAGCGAGACCAAGACGACGGAGGACAUCCCUCUGAAGAUCCUCGCCCACAACAGCCUUGUGGGCCGGCUGAUUGGGAAGGAGGGCCGCAACCUGAAGAAGAUCGAGGAGGAGACAGGGACCAAGAUUGCCAUCUCCUCGUUACAAGACUUAACCAUUUACAACCCUGAGAGGACCAUCAUGGUGAAGGGCAGCUUGGAGGCGAGUUGUAAAGCCGAGAUGGAGAUCAUGAAGAAACUGAGGGAAGCCUACGAGAAUGACAUCGCUGCUAUAAACCUUUCAACUUGUGGUUACAAUUCUUCUUCUGCACAGCAACAGGCCAACCUUAUCCCAGGCUUGAACCUCAAUGCUCUGGGCAUCUUCUCCUCUGGUUUGCCGGUUCUGCCCCAUGCUGCUGGACCACGUGGUUUAGCUCCCCCAAUGGCACAACCUGGAUACAACCCAUUCAUGAGUCACUCUUCACAUUUCAGUGGCCUGUACGGGGCUCCUUCAGCUAAUGCCAUCACCCACCAGCACUCACAACAGGCUCCAGAACAGGAGGUCGUCUACCUCUUUAUUCCAACUCAGGCAGUCGGGGCCUUGAUCGGCAAGAAGGGCCAGCACAUCAAACAACUUGCCCACUUCGCUGGAGCGUCCAUCAAGAUUGCCCCAGCGGAGAGCCCAGAUGUUACUGAGAGGAUGGUUAUCAUUACUGGAACUCCAGAGGCUCAGUUUAAGGCCCAGGGUCGAAUAUUUGGGAAGCUGAAAGAGGAGAACUUCUUCUCAGCGAAGGAGGAGGUCAAACUGGAGACGCACAUCAAGGUUCCCUCAACUGCAGCUGGAAGAGUCAUCGGUAAAGGCGGCAAGACGGUUAACGAGCUGCAGAACCUCACGAGUGCCGAGGUCAUCGUACCUCGGGACCAAACCCCAGACGAGAACGAUGAGGUCUUUGUGAAAAUCACCGGCCAUUUCUUUGCCAGCCAGACUGCACAGAGAAAGAUCCGGGAGAUCAUUCUGCAGGUCAAACAGCAGGAACAGAAGCACCAGCAGGCCGGCACCGUGUCACCGCACCACUCUAAGUGACCAGCGGGGCGGCUCCAACGGGCGCCAGCCAAUGAAUGUAGCCCUCCCAAACGGACAGUCAACUACCGAGACAAAGGCCGAGGCCAAGGGGGACAUGCGGGGCAGACCAGCAGCACCGGGAUCAAAACCAAAGAACUUCACUAGGGGGGAAGCAAGGGAGAGCCAAAGGCUGAGGGCAUUGUGUGCACUGCCAGCUCUGUGAGAGCAGAUAGAGUGGGAGAAACCAUACUGAUAUAAUAUAAUAAUAAAAGACCAAAAAAAAUACAAGAAAAGGUAGAAAUGGCAGAAAAUUUGGCACCUGUUGUUCUUACAGUUAAACAGGAAAUAGUAUGUUGCCCUGCAUAACGUUAUCUCUUUAGUUGGACUAACAUAGGCCUAACAAACUGAUCAAGCAUCGGUAUUAACUUGAGCAUAUCCGAGGCAUUGUGAUUCAUAUUUUGGGUUGGAACAAAAGCGAGUGACAAUGUACACCUUCUCUCACAAGAGUUUGAGAUAUUCAGAUUGCAAAAUUAAAUAUCCUGAGCAGUAUUAACACAGCGUAGAUAAGUAUAUUGAUACACACUGAGAGUAUGCACUGUUAUUUUGUGAUUUUGCAGUGCAACUUAGUGUAGUUUUUAAUAUUUGUACUUGUUCUAGAGAUUAAUUAGGCUGUGACAGCCACAUACAGCAGUUUCCCUUGUUUGUUCACAUUAUAGGCCACUGAAAUCAGAAAGAAAAAAAAACCUUCAAGUAAAUAUGGUGAAUGGGUCUUUGUAACAAGCCUGUGUGCCAACGUAAAAGAUAACGUCCCUUUGAAAUGUCUCUCACCAUUCAUAUCUGAUGCUUCGCUUCUAUUUUUGUUUCCUUCUUUUCUGCUAAUUUCUGCUUCACUUUCUUAUCACUCUCUCUUUCAUUUGGCAUGUUUUUUUUUUAAUAGGAUGAAAAUAUUUGUUGUCAAGAAACACUUUUUUUUUUUUUUUACCCCGUAGCCUUUUGAUAACAUUGAAUUGACUGCCACCUUCACUCAACAUGGUUAAAUACAACAGAGGGAUGUGUAUCACUCUUCCAUAAUGUGCAGUCCACUAUAUCUACAUUCAUGCUUGUUGUCCUGAUAAAAAAAAACAAAUCUCUGAAGGCAUUCUCCUCAGUGAUCAGGGCAAAAAUGUAUGUCUUGGAAAAAAAAUUACGCAACUUUGCUUGCUAACAGGUGACCAGUUAUUUUGAAUGUGUACUGCCACACGCUCUGCCUUAUGAGGAUGUCUCGAGGGCCGAAACAAAAUAUGAACUGAGGGCCCAGAGGAGACGUGGGCUGAAGGGGGGCUGGGGAUGGCAGGGUGCAGACUCUGGGUGUGGCAGUGAGGAAACGGUUUUGGGUAGAGGAUGGGUGGUGGGUGGGGUUGGGGAGGCCCUCGGGAGGAACUGUACGACCUGUGGUACACACACGGCCCCAAACGUGACCACGGCCACGUUGGGCUUCAAACCUCUCUCGUCAGGGAGCUUUCUAAAACGGCAUGACAGCUGUGAAUGUACCAUGCACAGCCUUUUUAAAAAGCAUCAGCCCUGCCGUGUCCAGAGGCACAGAUUGUCAUUGUCCUUAUCACUCUCGCUCUUUUCUGUUCACUUUUCUUUUGUGUUUCUUCUCUUUUGGCGAGCUGGACACGCAGGUCUUGGUGUCUCUUUGUGCUUUACUUUGGAGACCAUUGACGCUUGUUGCCUUAUUUCGUCACGUUUCAGACAUCACCCAUCAGCUUCAUCUUUCAGACGCAAGGUUAUUGCCAAUACGCACAGCUUCCUCUGUGUGUGUGCGUGUGCGCAUGUGUGUGUGUAUAUAUAUAUAAAAAGAGAGAGUAAUAUUUAUGAAUCUAUUUUUUUCCUAUUUUGUGAUGAGAGCUAUUGAUAAGAAACAAAAAGAAAACAAAGUCCUUUUCUUUUUUUCCUCAGUGGGACACUGCCAUAUUAUUUUGAAGGGAAGUGUUUAAUUUCUUGAAAACUAGACUAUGAAUAAUAAUAUAAAUCAAAACCUGAGACAAUAGGAGAACAGUAAAGUGAACCACAGCGUUAACUUUGGUCAGGAUGUGAACAGUGCGCAUGUCAGUAUUGUGAUCUACCUCAGGCUUCAGGGUACCUCAGUCCAAUCUUUCAUUUCCCCCUUUUCCACAUUUUGUAUGCCUUGUUAACUGAUCAUUUGAGCGUUUUUAAUUUUCUUUUUUUAAUGAAAAAAAAGAACAAGACAAAAGACCUACAGUAGGCUAAUCAUUAAACUCUUCAGGUCCAGCCAACUAGUGAAGCUUUGUAAACCGUAGUCAACUCUGUUGGACUGCCUUUGCCUGGACACCAUACGACCUCUUAAUGAUACACGUCAAAAGGAUUUCCAAGUACAUCUUGCUAGAAAGGAAUGAAGAGCAGGAUGUAAGGGGUACAUACCUGCCCGAAGUGGUUCGGAAUUUGGAUGUUGUGUACUGAUUUCACCAUCAAAGAAAAACAAAAAAAAGAUACAAAUCAGUUGAUAUGAACAGUGACUAACCAACUGUACCUCCAGGUUUUUUUUUUUGACAUUUAAAAAAAAAAGAAGAAAAAAAAGUUUAUUCACUUGUGAAAAAGAACACAAUUGAAUAACAACCCAAUUCAAUCUUACCAGCUCUUUUUGAUAACAGCAUACUCUGGGGUUGAUUUAACUCAAACAUGACGCUGCAGAAAUACACUGACGGGACUCUUGAACUAGACUCGUCGUUAAUAUGUCACUGUGUACGACAAGAUAACUAUGUCUGUAAACAUGUACAAUAGAGUCCCACAUGAAUGCAUAAUUUUCUGUCUUUCUAUAACACUUAUCAGUCGGGAGAAUUUUAGAGCAUCACGGCGUCCUCAAAACUGACCUCUAAAUGGUUUUCUCAUCAACCUACGGAGUAGAUGUUUUGUUGUGCUGUACAUUUCAGAAUUACCUCUCAGAAUCCAAGGCUGACUUUAGUUACUAAAAACAAUGUAGGGCAACAUAAUUAAAUAAAUGAAUGAUAUAGUGGAAGUUAGUGUUUGUCUUUGAAGUCCUUUUACCUGUCGAGAGCUGAUUUUUUACUUUUUCAAGGGCAGACUUUUGUCGUCAGAUGAGUUAGAUCCUUUUCGUCCCAGUGAACACAAACUAGCAGUGCUAAAAAAAAACCACAAACGGUUGAUCAAACUCCCGCAGUACCUCACUGAUGACGAUAGCUCCCCAGACCUGGUUCAAAUACCCGGACUGUAGCCACGCAAAUACAGUCCGGUGCUUCUACGCGAAUGCGUGACUCCUGUGGGGGUGUGGUUGACUGGAGUGAGGCAUGUCGAGGAGAAAACGGCUUUUCACGGUAGCACUGGAAAUUGUAGUUGGUCACUCGUGGCUUGUUUGACUUGUCGGGAGAAACGCCUUUGAGCAGUUUUGAAGUCGAAGCUCUUUUCUUGCAUCGCAGAGGACUCUUCAGACCUCUGUCACUCUUGUGUUUUGGGCUCUUUACACAGCAAGUGCAGGUUUUCCUCCCAAUGGUUUGGUCUUACUGUGGCGCUGUCGGCACAGCGUCUUGGUUGGUGAGACAUCUGCAGGCCGACCGCAAUCUGAGGAAACUUGUCAAGAUGAUAGUAACCUUUUUCUUUUUUCUUCUUUCAUUUUACUGCCAAGGAGUGGUAUUUCUAGGUUUUGUGGGGUGUUGCUAGACAUUAAUAAUCAGUAAGAGUAAAUCACAAAUACACGCAUCACUGUACUGUGUUGUUAGUCAUAUCACAUGGUGGUUUGAUAGUUUAGUUUUUGUUCUUCUGUUGAUCUGGAUUUCUCGUCACUUACACUGAUUUAAUAAUGUAGUCCAGGGCAGUAGCUGCGAUUCUUCAAUUUAAGAUUCAUUCCUUUUAGAUCACGACCAAUAAUAAUAGCUGUUAAAAUGUGGGUGGAACAUUUUCUAGCUGGGAGUUUUAACAGAUUCGGAAAUCAGAAUGGUAAAAUUAAUUAAUCUGUGAAAUGCAAAGAAGGAAUGUUGACAGAGUAUCCAAGUCUGAUUAUAUUGGUAAAAAGCUGAUAUAAUUGUGUUCUGCCUUUGCAACUGAGCAGAAAAAGACGGCAUUCAACAGCCAUCCAAAAGUCACAGCUUUAGGGAGGAAUUUAGUAAAGUCUGGUUGGAUGUAUGCAGAGCCACAGCAGUGUCUUUGUGCUGUCUUGUUGUUAAAAUGGGAAAACACAAAGCAUUGCAUGAAACUGUUGUAGGUGAUCUAGUAUGUACACUUCAUAUAGCACUAGACUUUCAGUAGUGCUUUUACAUGGAUCCAUUUCUUAACUGUAUUUCACCAUUUGGGAGAUUACUUUUGUUACAACCUCUCAAGUCCUACAUUUCCCACGGGCCUGAAGGUCCCAAACACCUCAAGGUAAUUGGUGGCUGUGCGCUGGACAGACAUAUGAUCCAUUUUUUAAUUCAUCUUGUGGAUCCAUGCUUUUCUGCUAACAGCCAUACUGUUGGUUUGAGUUGUGAGUGAACUAUAUUGCUGAGCAACCUGGAUCUGAGCAAUAAAGAAUAUUUGAAAAAAAAGAAA